AUGGCAGACACGACGCUGGGACUGGGCCGCGGUUUAGCGGCAGGUGUCGGCAGCAGUGACCUGACCGGCGAGUCACCGGCCACAUCCAACAACGCGCACACGGAAGCCGGCUUCGGUAGCGGUGGCGGAAGUAGCAGCAGUGGCAGCAAACGUUCUCGACUGAAUUUAGAAUCCAAAUGUUCCUCGCUGCGGAAGCACCUCAGCAAGUCGGCGUCCGAAUUGAGCUGCAACGACUGUGGCGGUUCCGGUGACUCGCCGCAGUCUUCACCACAGCGGGCCCGCUCGGCAAACGCGCCCACGAUACCGGGGGUCAUACAGCGAACGCACGGGUUUUUCAACACACUCCGGCACCGUUGGUCCCGGGCGAGAAGUAAGGAGCGCCUCCGCGGAUCGCUGUGCCAGGAAGUCGAGGGGCGGCGCGAUAGCCAGAGCGAUUACGCGGCCGAUAACAGUUCCGCCGAGCACAGUAGCUCCGCCACACCGCACCAGUCGCCGCGACACCGGGCCCAAACCCUGGGCGAUUCUCCGUUGGCCAAAGCGAACGAAAAGGGUGACGCGCAGGUGGCGCCAGGUAGCGGCACCGUGGAGACCGGCACCAGCAGCUGUUCAACCGUGGUCGGAGUGCUGAAGGUGCUGACGACGAAAGCGGACAUCGAAUCAACGGGUGGAGGUUCCAGCGCCGUCGGCAGUGUGCUGGGCCACUUGACAAUCGGCGGGCUGGCAAAGGUGGCGGAGGCUCCGCCCGGACCGUCCGGGAUGCAGCCGGCCGAUGACCAGCAGCGGAGGCGCGAGACGCAGCUCAGGCAACACUCGUUCUUCCAGCUGCGCGUCCACCUGAUCAGUGGCCACGGGCUCGUGGCGAUGGACAAGAGCGGCACCAGCGAUCCGUACGUCAAGUUUAAAGUUGGCGGGCGGCUCCUGUACAAAUCGAAAACGGUCCACAAGGACCUGAACCCGACGUGGGACGAAACGUUUGUCGUGCCGGUGGAGGACCCAUUCCAGCCGAUAGUGAUAAAGGUGUUCGACUACGAUUGGGGUCUGCAGGACGACUUUAUGGGCUCGGCCAAGCUGAGUCUCACCUCGCUGGAGCUGAACCGUGCGGAGGAUCUGACGAUCAAACUGGAGGACGCACAGCGGCCCUCGAAGAAUCUGGGGGAAAUCAAGCUCAACGCUACGCUGUGGCCCAAAACCCAGGAAGACAAAGAGCAAUACUUUCAGCGCAACCCGAAGCUGGCCGACGCGUCCCGGCGGCUCAAGUCCCAGAUCUGGAGCUCGGUCGUGACGAUCGUGCUGAUCGAGGCGAAGGCGCUACCACCGGAUGGUGACAAUGGGCUGAACGAUAUCUACGCUAGGUUUAGGUUAGGUAAUGAGAAAUACAAAUCGAAGCCAUCGUACCGGGCGCGGUGGUUGGAGCAGUUCGAUCUGCAUCUCUUCGACGACGACCAGCUGCUGGAGCUGGUCGUCUGCGGCAAGUACAGUACCUACGGCAAGUGCACAAUCGACCUACGCAGUCUUCCGCGAGAGCGCACACACAGCAUCUGGCAGCCGCUGGAGGAGUGCCCCGGCGAGGUCCACCUAAUGCUGACCAUCAGCGGGACGACGGCGUCGGAAACCAUAACCGAUCUUACCUCCUACAAAGAGGACUCGAAGGAGCGCGGCGUCAUUCAGAGUCGCUACAUAUGGCACAAAUCGCUGCAAAACCUGCGCGACGUUGGACAUCUCACGGUGAAGGUUUUUAGCGCAACGGGACUGGCGGCCGCCGACAUUGGCGGGAAGUCGGACCCGUUCGUCGUGCUCGAGCUGAUCAACGCCCGCCUGCAGACGCAAACUGAAUACAAAACGCUGACACCGAACUGGAACAAAAUAUUCACAUUCAACGUGAAAGACAUGUCGUCGGUGCUGGAAAUUACCGUCUACGACGAGGACCGCGACCACAAGGUGGAGUUUCUGGGCAAGGUGGUGAUACCGUUGCUGCGGAUACGAAACGGCGAGAAACGGUGGUACGCGCUGAAGGACAAGAAAAUGUACUGCCGUGCCAAGGGCACCCAACCUCAGAUUCUGCUGGAGAUGACGGUGAUGUGGAACAAGGUGCGGGCGGCGCUGCGUGUGCUCGAGCCGAAGGAAGAGAAACUCGUCCAACAGGAAGCCAAGUUCAAGCGACAGCUCUUCCUGCGCAACGUUACCCGGCUGAAAGCGGUCAUUAUGUACUUUAUCGAAGUGGGACAGUUUGUGCAGAGUUGCUUUGAGUGGGAAUCCCCGAUACGGUCUUUCAUAGCGCUGAUUUUAUGGAUCUGCGGUUGCAUCUGGUUCGAUAUAUCCACCAUCCCGGCGGUAGCUCUGCUAUAUCUUCUCAAAAAUUGGUUGAUACGCUGGUUAACUGGAAGUUCAUCCCCAUCAACCGCUGACGAGUACGAUGUACUUAGCGAUGAUGAAGACGAGGAAGAUAAAGAAAAGGAGGAGAAGAAAACAAUCAAGGAACGCUUGCAAGCGAUACAGGAAGUGUCGCAGAGUGUACAAAAUACCAUCGGCUUUCUGGCGUCACUGGGCGAAAGUGUUAAAAACACCUUCAACUUCUCGGUACCGGAGCUGACAUGGCUAACGGCGUUCCUGCUGCUUAUAGCAUGCCUAGUGCUGCACUACAUCCCGGUUCGGGUGCUGCUGCUUCUCUGGGGCCUGAUCAAGUUCAGCCGCAAGUUCUUCCGACCACACACUGUGCCCAACAACGAAGUGCUCGAUCUGCUAUCACGAGUGCCGGACGAUGAAGAGAUUAUCAUGUGGCGAGAGUUGCCGCUCCAUUCGACGCCCGAAAUGACACGCAGGGACCCACGGAAGAAGCACAAAGUGUCGUAAUGUUACCAAACCACCCUGAGGCGAUACCUCAGGGAUCAUCUUAGGAAAGCGCUGAGCAUCAGCAAAGCAAAACCGGACGCAAAGGAUGUCUAGCGCCAUUGAGGGGGGCCAAGCACGUCGAACGUUUGCUCUACUCCUGAUACUACUGAUAGCUUUACUGCGCUGAGAAAUUAUGCUGUUCUCCUCUUACAGUUCCACAACUCCCAAUUCUUCCAGCUCUCUUCAUCGCUUGAUCGUUUUCCACUAAUGUUAUUGUCGACUUGCCUAUGUGCGACUAGGCAAAAUAUACAGUUAGCUAGUUACAUCCCGAUUGUAGGUUAGGAGCCACACGGUAGUGCCCUCUUCCCAACGAUGCCGAGAACAAUAAGUAGUGGGGCAUGUAAAACAUUCACUUCACCUUUUCACUCUCUCGUUCAUUCUUCUCCGGAACCGGAACCAGUAGCAGUAAUCAAGGAACUCGAAUCGAUAAAUACUCUAGUGGUACACGUAUCAAAGUCUAUCCCGUUGCAAAUCACGACAACAAUCAACAUUACGCGAUAUCAAAACGAAAACGCAUCGGGAUCGGGUUUUGUUGAGUUUCAUUGUUACAUCGCACAUGCAUCGAAUCAUGAGGCGUCGCUUGUGCAGAUAUUUUCGUUCUAAUGUUUCUAAAGAACAGACAUUUUGCUUGUUAUUUGCAUCGAGCGUUUGCCGGGUUUCGUUAAUCCGUUUCAAUCGAACGAGAGAAACAAACGUCGAUGAAUUCCGUCCAACGUAGAGAAAUAGAAGAAGACACCAUCAUGAAACAAGCAUUCCCAUAAAUGAAUCAACAAGAAGGCCGAACAAGUUCCAUGAAGUGUCUGUCCCGCGAACACACAUAGUCGUAGCGUAGUUAAGCGUCAAUCGAGUAGUAUAAAGCACACUUUUUCAUUCCAUUUGAUCAAUUCUCAACACACCUCCCAUUUACCCAUUUCAGAAUCAAUCGUGUGUGUGUGUGCUCUUUUACGUGUGGGACAAAUCAAGCAUUAAAAUGUAAAAAAUGCACCAUUUAAUAGCACGAUGUACAUAUGUAGCCGACGAUGGCCAUGGCGGUGAUGCAUUGGGUUGCGUUUGGCGGUACUGUUUAAUUUAAUUCGAUCGGAAACUCACAAGCACCAGACACGUGUACCUUUUUGUUGGUUGUAAAAGAUAAAUUCCGUACUACCACCGGUCGCGUAUUAUGGCCUUAACAAACUGAGCAAUGCACUCCUCUCGAUUGCACCCCUUGCUUGUUUUGCGGAAAAGAAAGACUUGAGACCUUGUCAUGCACAACACCACACCGACCGAUCGCAGUAGCAGUAGAACGAUGGUGAAGAUUUACGAGCUGAAAUGCCUUGGUUUUUGGCGUAGCGUAGCGUUAUUUGUUACACAACGGUGGUACGUUUAUUUGAUAGCGUCACGUAGAAGGGAUAAUGUCACAUCAUCGCAACCACAACAUUGUUACGUAGCUAGUGGUUCUAGUAAUCGAAGCCAAAAAUUUGCAGCCCACCAGCCCCGGCAAGGCGUAUGGUACGAUACGUUGCGAUCCUCCAACGUUACCUUCAACUUUAGUUGCGCGGUUGCAGAGCUGAACGCGGUUAGUCUUGCGAUUUUUAAGGCCAUUUGGUGGUUCCGUCUCCUCCGUGUCUUCUACGCGAUUGGUUGGUUCGUACCGUUCGAACUACUACUUCGUUGCAAAUUACAUUACUUAUCGUACAAAAACUAUGCGUGAUACGGGCCCUGUUUUACAGAAAACAGAGGCUAUGCUUCAGCCGAUUGAGCAGAGUUAUAUCGAUCCUAAUAAGUAGCUAGGGAAAACAAAGAAUUAUUAUUACUUGCAGAGAGGGCCUGCGGUUCCAAGAAACGUGGCCGAUCUGAAAUACUGUGACCAUCAAAGAUAGACAGAACAGGACACGUUCCGUUAGAGUAGCUUCAUCGUUGCUACGGCUUCGAUUCGCUUGCUCUCGUUUUCCGGUUGCAGCCCGGGCUUGUUUACGGAAAAAUAGCAUUAUUUACACAGCAAAAUAGAAACGAAAGAACAACGAGCAGCAUGAAUGUAAACAAACGAAACCAGAGCGAAGCCCAGCCCAGUCCAGAUCUAAACAUCAAACAUUUGCGCUUCUUGCCUAAGGUACAUGAUGCGUGUGACAACUUUCGGGGCCAGCACCCCAAGCAAAUGCAACGAUUCCAUUUCCAAUUACACUAGGCAAACGUGUUAUUGUUCCGCGCGUAAGAUUUUUUACUGUUUCGGCUAGCAGGGCGCACAGAAUACUUUACACUACACACAUUAACAGCGCAAAAUGGAGCUUGUCAUAGUUAGAAAAGAGCUUAGAUCGUAGUUUACACGUUUCAAAUCACACAAUUCUUCUCUUUCGCUUUAAUCAGAUAGCAAGCUGCAUGUCCCUUCGCCUUUGACCAAAGAUCUAAACUGCACCACGACAGUGACUAACUGUCGUUCAGAGAGAGAACCCUAAGAAGGAAAUCAUUAACCAGUUCCGAAAAUGAGGCCGAAAAGCUGUAUCGGAGUGUGAGCGCAGCCCAAAGGACCCAAACACAAUAGCAGUAGCCCCGCACCGAAAAGAUGACCGCAGAUGUCUUCGUCCACAAUAGUCGCGCCACGUAAUGUUACGCAAAUGAAUGCUAAUGCAAAAUACUUAAACUCUCUUGUUAGCACACUCUCUAGCACACUCUAUCGGGCGACCAUUCCCGUAAUGGAGAUCGCAAAGCAUUGCCUCGCGGUAUGAAAAAAGUCACUGAAGCGCCACUGGCGGGUGCCGUAGUAGUGAAAGUUUUGCGAUUCAACAACGAAUUGAUCAGUAGCGGCUCUAGCUCUCGAUCGGUGAAUGAUCUUUUACCAGCGCAUAGGGCAUUGUUUUGAGCAACACCGAAAAUUGUCACAACCUCCAUAUUGCGCACCCUUGUUGCAGCACUCACAGCAUUCAGCUACCUUCCUUUCGAGCUUAGCUUAGCGUUCGUUUGGUGCACCAAUGCACCAUAUGCAUGCAGCAUCAUGCAUGCUGAUCGGUUGAGCGUACAUUUCUUAUACAAAGUUGAUGACAACCAAUU